CUCCUCCCGGCGUGCUGCGCAGGAACGGCUGGCUGUUGGCUUGUGGAGGCUUCAGGUCCCCGACGGGUCGGGGCCUCCGGUGUGCUGCUUGUGCCCGCUGCCCGCCGCCUGUCGAAGAGGAAGCCAUGGCGCUCCGCGUCACCAGGAACACGAAAAUUAACGUUGAAAAUAAGGGGAAGAUGACCAUGGCAGGCGCCAAGCGUGUGCCUGUGGCCACCGCUGCAGCCUCCAAGCCCGGGCUGAGGCCAAGAACGGCUCUGGGAGACAUUGGUAACAAAGUCAGUGAGCAGCUCCAGGCCAAAGUGCCUCUGAAGAAGGAAGCCAAAACUUUACCUACUGGAAAAAUCCCUGCUAAAAAACUCCCAAAACCUUUGGAAACGGUGACUGUACCGGCAUCUGUGCCUGAGUCGGAGCCGGAGCCGGAGCCCGAGCCAGAAGCUGAGCCUGUUAAAGAAGAAAAACCCUCGCCUGAGCCUAUUCUGGUUGAUACUCCCUCCCCAAGCCCGAUGGAGACGUCCGCAUGUGCGCCUGCAGAGGAGUAUCUGUGUCAGGCUUUCUCGGAUGUAAUUCUUGCAGUGAGUGACGUGGAUGCAGAGGAUGGAGCUGAUCCAAACCUUUGUAGUGAAUAUGUGAAGGAUAUCUAUGCUUACCUGCGACAGCUUGAGGAAGAGCAAUCAGUCAGACCAAAAUACCUCCUGGGUCGGGAAGUCACUGGAAACAUGAGGGCCAUCUUAAUUGACUGGCUAGUACAGGUUCAGAUGAAGUUCAGGCUGCUGCAGGAGACCAUGUACAUGACUGUUUCCAUAAUUGAUCGGUUCAUGCAGGACAGUUGUGUACCCAAGAAGAUGCUGCAGCUGGUUGGUGUCACUGCCAUGUUUAUUGCAAGCAAAUAUGAAGAAAUGUACCCUCCAGAAAUUGGUGACUUUGCUUUUGUGACUAACAACACGUACACUAAGCACCAAAUCAGACAGAUGGAAAUGAAGAUUCUCAGAGUUUUAAACUUUGGCCUGGGUCGCCCUCUCCCCCUACACUUCCUUCGGAGAGCAUCCAAGAUUGGAGAGGUUGAUGUUGAGCAACAUACUUUGGCCAAAUACCUGAUGGAACUGACUAUGCUGGACUAUGAUAUGGUGCACUUUCCUCCUUCUCAAAUUGCAGCAGGAGCUUUUUGCUUAGCACUGAAAAUUCUUGAUAAUGGUGAAUGGACGCCAACUCUACAGCAUUACCUGUCAUACACCGAGGAAGCUCUUCUUCCUGUUAUGCAGCACCUAGCUAAGAAUAUAGUAAUGGUGAAUCGUGGGCUUACAAAGCACAUGACCAUCAAGAACAAGUAUGCCACAUCUAAGCAUGCUAAGAUCAGCACUCUAGCCCAGCUGAAUUCUGCACUGGUUCAAGAUUUAGCCAAGGCUGUGGUCAAGGUGUAACUUAUAAACUUGAGUUGGAAUACUGUAUCUGCAAAUAAAAUUGGCACCAUGUGCCACCUGUACAUAUUAUACUACUACAUUUACUUUUAAUAAAGGUUGUGACCCUU